AUGUCAUCUAGUCGUUCUCGAGCGUCUUUGGGAGGUACAUCUCAGUAUAAUGAACGAAGAGAGUUUGAUAGUUUAUUUAGAGAUUUCAACGAAAUGAUGCACUUUGCUGUACGAGGACUUACUUUCGCAACUGAAGCAGCAACAGACCUUGAAGAGGCUGAAGAACAAGAAGAGCUCAAUCAAUUAGACCUUAUUGCGAGAGAUUAUGUUGAUUUUGAAAAUCAACUCAAUUUUCAAAGAUCAGCGCUUAACAACCUUAAAAUUCGAUCUGAUGCGGGACAUAAAUUUGCAAGUGAACUUGUAGAGUAUUAUGAAGCUCAAUUGGAUGAUGAUUUAAGAAAGUACGAAUCCAAGUCAGAGAAUGAAAAAUAUUUCCAAAAUGAAAAUUACAUCGAAUUUCGACAAAAAAUUUGGGAUGUUAAUCAUCCUGAUGAAACCAUGCCACCAUUAGAUAAAGAAGCUGAUGAUGAAAUUGUAAUGGGAAGACAAAAAGAAUCAUUAUAUUGUCCAAUCACAACGUUAUUGUUGGAGGAACCAGUUACAAGUAAUGUGUGCAAGCAUACAUUUUCAAAAGAUGCUAUCAUGCAGUUAAUAAGGCGUAAUAUGAAUACAGUCCCGUGUCCAAUGACCGGUUGUGACAAGCAUAUCAUGGAGCAUAAUCUGCAGCCAAACAAACGAAUAGAACGAAAAGUGCAGCAAUAUAAAUCGCAAUCUGAGGAUCUUAUGGACGAUAUUGAGUAUACAAAUAUUGAAUGA